GAGGCUUCGUCUUCGGAAGUGUUGGUCGGCACUGUCGACGCUCGCAGUCGUCUUCAAGCGUUGUACAGACGUAGCCAAGCCAAACUCUCUGACCACGCACUGAUGUACCCUGUCUCGGGAAGCGUGCACACCCGAAUGCCCUCUCAAAACCCAGCGGCUUUCGUCCUGGCUGCUUGCAAAGUACGUCAUGCUCUGGUGGCCCAUCGUUCAUGCUCGAUUCCACUGAUACCACAUGAUCGCUCGCAUUUCCAGGAGUAUCUCAAACCAGCACGUAAUCGACGCGUUCCCACCUUUUGGCCUACCUGGAUAAGGUCUAGGCCCUGGCCUGCCACUGCCACGCCCCAAUCCGCACAAUUCUCUACUUCUGCUACUCAUCUGAGGCCGCCGGCGCAAAGUACCGUAAGCCGCGGAGUUGGAGCCUCACACCGACAUGCAUCUAGAAGCCUGUCGCCGCUGCCGCGCUGGAGUGUAGACCGCGACGAGCAGCACUACAAGUUCAGAGAUGUCUUGCGCUCGGCUGACCGCGAGCGAUCUCAGCGCCACAGCUCGAGCGGUGCUAGUCGACACGACGUCACGAGAAUGGUGACGCCAAGUCCGACAACUCCAAGUGCAUCGACAAUCCCAAGACAGCCUCGACGAAUGUCUACUCCUCGAAGAGGCUCGACAGAAGUCGGUAGUCCCGUAUCGCCUUGGACAGCAUCGUCCUACGACCCACCAGAUGGCACGUCGGCGUUGGGCAACGCUUUCUCUCGCGCAGCACUAGAUAGACAGAUGCAGACCCCGCGUCUGCUACGACGCAAGCCUACCCCAGAGUCUCGUUCGACCGACUCUUACGCGGACGGGUCGCAAGAAGAAAUCCGAGUUCGUGGAUGCGCUGGAUGGCGCUGAUGAAGGUUCAUUGGCCAGCAUCACACGCUUUGAACGACCACACGAAGUCCCACCGCAAUGCAUGACAAU